AGGUUUGGACUUUGUUUUGCAAAAACUAACCAAUCAGGAAGGGGGCCACAUUUUUUCACACCACUGUAGUGGGCUUAAAAAAAUGAAAACAAGAGACUGUUUUUCUUAAGGUUUAACAUUUCCUGCUCGAAGGUCAUUUAUUCAGAAACGCAUAUAACACCCCGCCUCUUUCCUACCAAGCCCCCUGUACAAGACCUGAGAAACGAAGUGUCAUCACAUUGAGACUAUCAAAGACGACACGAUGAGGAGCUUCACAGCACUGACAGCGUUACUUCUCUGCAGCCUCAGCUGGAUCUCUGUCUCAGCUUCUGAGUCUGGGAUUGUGAACGUCCAGCCCGGUGAAGAAGUCACACUCAUGUGCUCCAACAACUCUGUAGGUCCAACUUACACAUUCUGGUCCAAACUGAUCAACACAACCAAGGUCAGAUGCAUCUCUUCUAUGUACGGGUUUAGUGGAGAUCCUAAAUACUGCACAGGAUUUGAAAAUGGAAAAUUUCACAUGAGUUCCAACAUUUCUGAUGUCUUCCUCAAAAUCAAACAAGUGGAUUCAUCUGACUCUGGACUUUACUUUUGUGGAUAUUACGAGAAAGGACAUACAAUCAUGGAUGUGAAACAUGUAAAUGUUCAAGGCGAUGGGGAAUCCCGUGAUGGUAAUGAGGAUUUUGCCAAGAGUGGAGGCGACAAAACCCCACCCAGCGAUUAUGAUGAAGUCCAGUAUAAAGAGCCCAAUGACGUAACAGAGCUUACGAGUAUGAUCCUGGCCGCGCUGGCUUUUAUUCUCAUAAUAAUCAUCAUUGGUCUCCUCGUCAAAGUCAGAAAACUUCAAAAAGCUGUUGAUGAAAACCCCAAUCCUGAAGAGAUCCACUACGCAGCGCUCAAUUUCAAUAAAAAAUCAAGAACAACCCAUAGGUGUCCGCCGGAGAGGCAGCUGGAGCCAAACGUGGUGUACGCCGCCACCAGAUAAACUCAACUUAAAGUCAGACGUGAAAUGCAGACAUGCUGUUUUUGUUCAAUCUGUUCUUAUUUUAUCUGUGGACACAACACCGUGAUUAUUAAAGUGGGUGAGAACAUGAUAGGUUAGAUGUAUAAGGCGGUUAGAUGUAGACACCGUGUACAGAUUUCAACAGGAAGCAGAGUUGAUGUAUAUGUGUAAGGGUAAUAAUGGGCUUGUGAAAAUACUCGUUUUCCACUGUGGUGACAAACACUGCGGUAAGUGAAGUUCCAACCACAGGAAGAAAGCCCUGUAGCUCACUGCUGCACGACCGCGAACAACAGAGAUUUGCUGAUUUCAUCAAAAACAGCCGUAAAUGAAAGUUUUGCCUAUUUUUACCUCCUCCCCCCUAAACCAGAUCCACUUGAUCUUUUACUGACGUCUGAUGGAACCACGACUGAGCGCGUACAAAACCACAACUGUGUGCAAAGGCUACUUUGAUGUCUCACCACAGCUGUAGAUGAAGAAGUACGCAUGUAGUACGUUCAUGUGUCUGGGUUUUACAGGUUAUUUCAAUUACGUACACCGAUCAGGUGUAACAUUGUCACCACCUUCCUAACAUUGUGUAGUGUGGACAUGGGCCUUCUGAGGGUGUCAUGUGGUGUCUGGUAACAGGAUGUUGUUAGUGGGGGGGUCAUAUAAGUUGAUGGGAGGGGCCUCUGUGGAUCAACCCAUAGAUACUUAGUGGGUUCCAGUGAUUUUGUUGUUUUUCAUGUUUUUGUUUUUUUUUUAGUUGAUCCUAAAGCGUUUUUGUGUCUGGCAGGCAUCAAGGAGCGUCAUUGCUAUGAGGUGGGGGUGUCUGGUCUGGUCUGGUCUAGAUAACAUCCAUACGAAUUAAUGCCAGGUCGAAAUGUUUCAUUGUAUUGUCACAACAUGGUCAACAUGCUAUUUACUUCUCCUGUCAGUGGUUAUAAUGUUAUGGCUGAUGUAUGCAAAGCUCUGUAAGCUUUAUGUUAUAGAUUUUGUCAAGUACUGAGUUAUCUGAUGUGAUACAGGUAAUAAGAACUUGGGGAAAAAAAGACACUGAUUGUUCUAAUGAGUAUUUCUAACCAAAAAAAAAAAAAAAAAAAAAAAGAUUUUCUAUAGUUUUUUUACUAUUUCUUAAUGGGAUUUACGGGUUAAUCGUUAAAAGAAAACCACCAGUGAUAAGCUACAUUAUGACCAUAGCUAGGUGUAAAACCACAGCCCUUUUACCAACCAAAGUGUGUUCUCUGUUGUGGAAUCCUCAACUGUGACAUUGAACAUGAAUCUUGUGGUGAAACAAAGGAGCGCAAACGUGAGAGAAAAAAACUUACUUUUAUCUUUGUAAAUUAAAUAAUUUGUCAUUUUGAAAUUUUUAUUGUACAGUUUAGUCAACAUUUGUUUCUGUAUUCUUUCCAUCUUGAGGCAAUGAUAGAUAAAAAUGUUAAUUUCACUGUUUUUUUUGUUUUCUCCAUGUUUUUAUACCAGGUUUAUUAAUAGCUUCCAUCUAUUUUCUUUUGUGAAGUCUUCUGUUUGUUAAACAUAUGUAUUGAUAUACCUACACCUCUUAGAGAGUGCUCUUCACAUGGCUAUAGAAAAGAUGCUGCCAUCAUCCACCUCUGUGGUUUUCUAUGGAUGUGUGGGACUAAUUUAGUCUGAAAGCUGAAAAAAACUUAACAACCCACCUUCUACAUAAUGAAAUCCCAAUGUCAUAUUACCAGACGUAUAAUCUGAUAAGAAAAUUAAUGCAAAAGUCAGAUUCAUUCAUUUUCCUGCAGGUUUGAACAAGUGAAAUUUAAGACUUUUAAGGCCAAAUUUAACCACUACACAAAAUAUAAGGAAAAUAAAUUCUUUUAAUAAACCUUGUUAUGUGUAACACUU